UGGUCUUUUCUUCAGUACAAAACAGCUCUUCUUCCCUCGCCACCACUCAAGGUCGAGCCAAGGCUUCUGGAAAGAUCUGUGCGCACCAUUGAAGCCUCCGUGAGACGCCACCCACCAUUCCGAGCAGGCCGUCGCCUCUGACUCUCGGAUAACCGCUCUCCUGAUAGGGCAGAACUGCCGAUCGGGCAUUGGUACCGAUCUGUCCGCCUGGGUACAUCAGAAACGUCACAUUCCCAAGCACCUGCCCAGUGCGCUUUCGUAGCCUGCCUGGAGUAAAAUUCCUGCCGCUCUAGGACAUUCGAGCCACGGCCGUCUUUCCUUCCACCUCCGACUCACAGUUCACUCCACGCAAGACCACAACCCAUUGGCGUAGCAUCACUGGCCGCCCUCUACCAUGACGACGAUUGCAAGCGCCCGCGGUGUCCCGGACGCUGGCGACUCCUCUAAGAUGGGAGCGCCAGCGAGCCACCCGUACACCUGCAACAGCUGCCAUGUUGCCUUCAGGAACAUUGAACUGCAAAAGGGCCACAUGAGGGGCGACUGGCACCGCUACAACCUCAAGCGCCGCGUCGCCUCCCUGGCGCCCAUCUCCUCCGAGGUCUUCAACGAAAAGGUCCUGCUGGCCCGCGCCGCCACCAGCGCCGAAGCCGACAAGGUUGGCUUCGAGCGUGUCUGCGAAGCCUGCGCAAAGACGUAUUACAGCGAGAACGCGUACCAGAACCAUCUCGGCAGCAAGAACCACAAGGCAAAGGCCGCUUCCCGGUCGCCCUCUGUCAAGGAUGCCUCCAAGGCCGCAGAUGAGACUGGCUCCAUGAUCAGCUCCACCUUCUCGCUCGGCGAGCCUACCCUUGCCCACCGUCCCAAGAUCGACCUGGACUCGGAUGCGGAGGCCGAGUUCAGUCAGGUGAUCGAGGGGAUCAAGAACACAAAGCUCGCUGGAGAUGCCGAGGGCGAUGUCGGGCGCCCGUCUCCCGUAAAGCGCCCCUCCAACCCUCAUCUUUCUGCCACCGGCCAGCGAAAGACAGAUCAUCCGGUAUCGGAAGCUGCAGACGAAGCCGGUUCUGGCUCUGCCACCCCGGUCGAAUCGCCCAAGGCCGGCGAGGUCGCAUACACCAUCAAGUCGUGUCUCUUCUGCAACUACGAGUCGCCCACUGUCGCACUCAAUGCCACACAUAUGGAGCGUAUCCACGGCAUGUUCAUACCCGAGAAGCAAUAUCUUGUUGACCUAGAGGGACUUCUCGAGUCCCUUCAAAAGCGCGUCCGGGAGCUUCAUGAGUGUUUUGUCUGCCAAAAAGUCAAAGCCAGCGCCUUCGCUGUCCAGACGCACAUGCGCGAUGCUUCCCACUGUAGGAUCCCAUAUACCACAGAGGAGGAGCAGCUCGAGAUAGGCGAGUUUUACGACUUCAGGAGUACCUAUUCGGACGGGGAAGAGGACUCUGAAGACGAGGAUGACGGUGCUGAGGGGAAGCGCAGCGGUGGCGCGAGACUGGGUGCAAAGCGGAGCACCACGGUGACCGGCGAGGAUGGCGACGAGAUCAUGGGAGGGGGUGAGGGCGAUGGCUGGGAGACUGACAGCUCUGCCUCAUCCUUGGAUUCGGAGGAUCUCACGGCUGUCCCUGCAGAACGCCACUACCACCAGUACGAGCGGCUCAACAAGCACCCGCACCACAGCACACACGACACUCGCGCCCACCAUCAAAAGGACGGCUGGCACUCGCACGCUCACAAGCACAGCCAUGCUGCAUUUUACGACGAGUAUGAGCUGCAUCUACCGACCGGCAAGCACGUUGGACACCGAACAUACCAACGCUACUAUCGCCAGAACUUGCGCAACCGCCCCGUCACAGAAGAGGAGCGUGCUGAGCAGAAAGCACUCGAGCUCGCCGAGAAGAACGACUUGGAGAAUAUGGAUGUGGACGGCCUCAGCCGCAUAUCGCGCGUCAACAAGCCGAACUACUUUGCGGUCAUGACCCGCCGGGCCAGCGGCCAGGGGCAGAGAGGGCUCACAGGGCUCACGAAGCUACAGGUCCGCGAAGUUACGCGCAUGGAGCGCAAGGCGCGGAGCCGAGAGAGAGGUCACGCCCAGCAGGUGGACUCGCGCUACAACCGCCGUGCGAACUUCCAAAAGCACUUCCACUACUCCAAGCUUGGUGGUUGAGCGCUUCUACCUCAGCCAGUGUGUGUGCCAAAUCUGUCUUCCGAGGCUUGGCUGCUGCAUUUCUUUGCUCCUCUUGCCCGGCGUUAGAUUCAGCAGGGUGAAUGCAUGGUAGCAACUCGGGAGAAGCGACACACCUGCGCCCACCUAUGUGCCAGUGAAUGGCCCCAUUUAGUUGGGCAUUCAUCUCGGUACCCUGUUUUCCUCUCUCGCCGCUUUUUCUUUCUUUUGCGUCAUGGAGUCAACUGGACCCGCUAGGUAGCUUGGCUUUGUGGGUGGAGGAGAUGGAAGGAUUUGCCCAAAGGCAUUGAGAACUUAUUACGGAUACCAAAAAAAACCCCACGAAAAACAACAAGAACGAAAUGGACUGGUUUAUGAUUUUCGUACAGACAUCGACCAUGCUUGAUUUGACUAAACGCAUACUAGGCCUUUGUAUGGAUGCGAUUGCCCAAGAU